AAUACCACGAUAAAAAUCAUGUAUUGUCUUUCUGAAGUUUAGUUUUUUAGGAACCCUUGUCAGUCAACCUAUUGUUGUGAACUGGAAUUCUCGUAUUCAAAUCUGAGAUGUUUUGGCAAUAUCUAUUUACACUGAUUUUGAUUUCUUGGAAUUGGAACUAUACAGAAGCACAAGUGACAAAUAAGUCCACAAUGGCUGAAUUAGCAACUGGAAAAGGAACCAAGAAUUCUAAUACCGAGACGAUGGGAAAGGGACCUGAGGAUGAAAGCGACGAAGAGGAUAUAUUUGGGAAAGAACUAGACGAACCAAUAACGCUACCUAGUGGCAAACCUAGAACACUCGGUUUAUCUUUUGGUAUAGGUUUAGGUAAUCCACCAGCACCUCAACCUUUGAAUGUGGGUUAUGAUAGAAGUGUGAGUAUGGGUCUGCAACCACCAGUUGUGAAUCCAGUUAUGAUGGAUCCUUAUAAUCCUUAUAAUAGACUUUUAGGGGGUACAUAUUUAAAACGUUUGACCAUAGGAUAGUAUAGCCUCUUGGAGUGGAAGUCGCUAUGUGCAAACGAGAUGAUUCUUAAAAAAAUCUCAGUAGUUACUUGAGGAUUGUUCUUAUUAGAAGUAUUUUAUGAAUAUAUAUAUAUAUAUAUAUAUAUAUAUAUAUAUAUAUAUAUAUAUAUAUAUAUAUAUAUAUAUAUAUAUAUAUAAACAUUAUUUCCAUCACUGUCUACAUCAUAGAUUUAAAAAAAGUAUUUUGUUUAUCAAUAAACAUAUAUUUUUUGUCUUAAAGCUUUUAA